AUGGCCAUCCUCGGUCUCCUGUCGACCAACGUUGCCGGGGGCACGAAGAGGUCGGUCGCCUCGGGCCGGGUGUUUGUGUGCUACUGCGCCGGGCAGAUCGCGGGCCCCCAGUUCUUCAAAAGCACGGAAGCCCCCGCCUACCGCGACGGCAUCGUGGCCAUGCUGUGCGGUUUCAUUGUGAACCUCGUCCUCAACCAGGUCCUCAGGCUCAUCUACGCGGCGGAGAACAAGAGGCGGGACAAGCUGCUCGAGGGCAAGUCCGAGGGGGAGAUUGCGGACAUGCAAAGGGAGGGCGAGGUGCUGGGGUUCGAGGACGUGACCGACAAGGCCAAAGCAAGUGACACUUGCCCUGUGGUCCGAGUUGUGCGUUGA